AUGUCGCAAUCCAACGAAAUCAACUUCGGCCCAGUCUUCAUGAGGGGCAGGAAGCCAGCACCGCUCACUACAAAGACCGGCCAACCGCCCACCAAUAGCCACACCCCACUCGCCCAGGCCCACCGACUCAGCAUCGCCAACACCGCCCUCAAAAACACCCACCCCGCCCCAUCCCUCGGCUCAUUCAGCCCGGCAACCAGCACCGCCCCCCUGCCCCUCCCCAAAUCCUUCUCGGCCGCCGUCUCCCCCGGGAAAGAGCCCGACCAGCGAUCCCACACCAACGGCAUCCACGCCCUCGAGCCCGUCCCGCCCCAGCUCAACGGCCAUCAGCACCACUCAGGCCCCGCCGACUACUCUCGGGAAACGCUCCUCAACCUCUACUCCGAGAAUCUGGCCAGCAAGUUACCCCCCGACCUCGCGAUCCACGACCCUGCUGUCACCCUCGAAUUCGUCGGCCCCCCCCUGGCGUUCGUCGAGAUGACGGAGACCGAGAAAGAAUUAUUUGCCGGUCCGUUCAAUAGCGAGAAGCGAUCCGCAGCCAAUAAGGUCCAGCAGCAUCACACCAACUCUGACCAUCAUCAUCUCGGUGUUCCUGGCUCCCCUGAAACCAACGUCAACCAUGGCCUGGGUAACAACAGCAAACUGUCGGUCGGCGGCCCCGUCAAACUUGGUAAACACAACCCGAUCGAACGAUUCAACACUCUCGGAAUCCAGGGAGGCGUCCUCGCCGGUGUUGCCUCACCCUCCCACCCUAAUGCUAGACGACGAGCCGAGAAUGAACUCGACUCUAAUGAGAGCCCCCGUCGCUUUCAGCGCGCGGAGGAUUCAUCCCCACAUGUCCCUCCUUGGAGCGCGACUCCUCGCGAUCGCCGAACUCGUGACUUGGCUCCACCCUCGGAUGGCAAGUGGAAGAGAGGCGUGUCUUUUGAGGAAAAGAGCCAGUCCGCACAAGACAGUAGUCCGGGUGGUCCUAACUUGAAAUACUCAGUUUUAGACAAAAUGCGGGAGAAGGCUGCUGGUGGUCUCGAGCCAUCAUCCAAAGAAGCCCAUCACCAGCCUUAUCAGUCUGCGCCGCUAACAGACGAUCAACCAGCAGGAAACCCUCAACGUGGGGGUCACGAACCAGCUAGACAGCAAUCGGUCGAAGAUUAUGCUGCUGGCCGCCACUUUGAUGAGAAUCAGACGGCCAAGUCGCCCGUCAAAACAGAACCUGCCACCGACCAUCAGCUAUCCUCGAGCGAACCGACCGAUCUCAGAUCUUCCGCUACUCAACCCCCCAGCAGCGAUCUGAACCCCGAAAACAUCGCCUGGCAAUACCGCGAUCCAUCCGGUACCGUCCAAGGCCCCUUUACGGCUUUCCAGAUGCAAGAGUGGUACAAGGCGACGUUCUUCCGUGACGAUCUAUUGGUCAAGAGAGUCAUCGACGUGGCCUUUGAGACCUUGGAAACCUUGAUCCUGCGUGUCGGCGAUCGUGAUCGACCCUUUUUGUCACGCCCUCCUCCCGCCUUACCGCCCAAUCUUCCCUUGCCGCAGGCCCAGCCUCAUCACCAUCAGCUCCCCACAUCACAACCUUCACCCAGACUACCGUUAACGAAUUUCUUAGAUCAACCUUCCAGUCUUCCGUCCCAGACAGAUAGUCCAUCUGCUGUAGAUUCCAACCUUCCAUCUAAUCUAUCCAGUGCGCCCAGCCAACAUGCCACCAUGUCCGCCUCUGACCCUUGGAAUGGGAUCGCCCCUGGAGCAUCACCUCUCCCGCAUCCCGGAAACAUCCCAGCCUCGACGCCUUUGGCCUCUGGGCCCGGGUGGAAUUCGUCCCAACCAGCAUUUGCCGCCCACCCCAAUAUCCGAAACAACGAUUUUGUCAUUAACGAUGGGCUGAUCGAGUUCAACAACGCCAACAUACUCAACAAUGGCCUCAUGCCCAACUUACCCAACUCCUACAUGUCUCCCGACACCCUUCGCUUCCUUCAGCAUGUCCAACAUCCCGCAAUGUCGAUGGCUGCUGCAAACGGCUACCCUUUCCCUUUACCAUUACCCCCCAACUUUGGUCAGAUACCCUCAAUGCCGCAUUUAGCCACCAACAGGUUGAACCCCCUCAUCGCAGCACAACUCCAUUCUCAACUGAUGCAUUCGCAAUUACUGUACAACCCGCCACCUGCUGGAGGUGAGGCAGUUGAUCCCCAAGCGGAGCAGACCACUCAAGAGAAUCUCAUCCCUCACUUCCACCAUGCCGAUCCUUGGCAAAUGUCCCCACCGCCUCCUAAUGACUCUUCAGUCGCGACAACCGAUCACAACCCUCUCCAACCCACGGCUGCGACCUCAAACCACCACAACUUCCCCCCAAAGCCAGAGGAAGGAGGAAUUCACGAGCCAACAGCUGCCCCUCAGAAGACGGACGAGAUCCGUCAAUCCGGCCAAUAUCCGCCCACCCCACAAGCGCCGUCAGAACUCAAAUUGUCGGUGCCUGACCAGAGCCAUACCAAGCCCAAGUCCCAACCAGCCUCAGCAGUCCAUUCCGAGAAAGAAGUAAAGGCUCUCCCUGUCACCGAAAACCAAGCGCCUCCCGUCACUUCAUCAUUUAACAAUGUUUCUUCUGUCUCUGUUGAGAAGGAACCUGUAGUGCCAGUCACCACUCCGGCCCAAGCACAAAUCCCAGCCGAAUCUGCUCGCGACCCGCUAUCACCAAGCACAGCCCUACCCGAAAUUGCACCGGCUACCGAACAAACCAACUCCAAUCAAUCUUGGCGAAACGUGACUCACCAACCGGCGGCCAAACCACCCAGUGUUCCGCGUGGCUCGGCAUCCACUGCUCCACACGCUGCCAAGUCAUCCGGCAAGGUUGUCGUACUGAGCAAAGCCCAGCAGGAUGAACAAGACCGACGAACGGCUAGUAUCCAAAAGGCGCAAUUGCAACUCAAAGAAGCUCAAGCAGUCGAGCGUGCGGCACGCGAAGCUUCUGAGGCCGCCGCCGCAGCCACUGCCUCUUCUUUCAACACCCCGGCGCCAUGGUUGAAGGAAGACCAGAAGGCAUCGUCGAACUUAUCCUUGACGGAGAUCCAAGCGAUCGAAGCCAAGCAACUAGAGAAACGGCGACAAGCGGAGAAGCACGCGGCGGCGAAUCGAGCGUUAGCCGAGCAAGCCAUGGCGGCCGAGCGGGCCAUGAAGGCGGCUAAGGAGAGUCUCCCUGCGGCCUCCAAUUGGGCCGCCAACGCGUCCUCCCCCACCAAGCAGUCUGGCGCGGGAUCCGUCUGGGGCUCCAAGGAAGCCGAGGCCCCCGUCACGACCAAUGGACCUAAACAGAGCAUGAAACAGAUCCAGGAGGAAGAGGCCCGCAAGAAGAGUCUCGCGCUCCAGCAGCAACAACAGGCCCGACCUGCUGCAGGAACUAUGAAGACUGUGGGCGGAUAUGCGGGUACUGUCGCUUCAGCGUCCAACAAGACUGCAGUCAGUGGACCAUGGGCGGUGGUAGGUGCGAAGAGCAAGGUGAUUGCGCCGCCCGGCCCAGCCCCGGUACGGUCGGCGGUAGUCGGAGCCGGGCCCGCGGUGGUCGGGACAGGCGUCGUGCGUGUGGGCGGGACGAGCGUGUCGAAGCCGGCGCCCAAAACUGCGCCCAACAAGGCACCAGCGAGUAAAGCCGCGCCACCCUCGGCCACUAACGGAUCCCCCGGCGUCGGUGCUCAAGCCACUAACCCUGAUGGCCCUCCUCCCGCCUCGCCGGAGUUCAUGAAAUGGCUCCGCGAAGCCUUGCGAGGAAUGAACAACGUGGACGAUUUCGUGAAGAUGUUGCUAGAUUUCCCGGUGAACCCGGACGACUCGGUGCUCGAGAUCGUCUCCGAUAGUGUGUAUGCAGGGAGUGCGACACUGGACGGGCGCCGGUUCGCGAAGGAGUUCAAUGCGCGACGGAUCGCGGAUGUGGCUUCGCGAGGGAGCGGCAGCCUGGGCACGGCGAAAGCCGGCGGGCCCAAGCCCGGCGCGCUGGCGAACGGCGGCCUCGGCGCCGGCCUCGCCGGGCUCAAGAAACCCGGAUAUCUCGCGGCCAAUCCGAUCACUCACUCCUCCGGAUCUAUGGCCGACGCCGUUAAGCUCCAGCCCCCGGCGCCCAAAAACGACGGGUGGGGAUUCGCCGUCGUCGGCGCUAAGAAAAAGAAAAAAUGA